AUGCCGGCGAGUGCAACGGUGGUCGGAGCUCUGCUGGGACUGGGCACCCAAAUGUACUCCAAUGCCCUCCGAAAACUCCCUUACAUGCGCCAUCCGUGGGAGCAUUUGUUGGGAAUGGGAUUGGGAGCGGUAUUCGUGAAUCAGCUGGUGAAAUGGGAUGCUAAACUUCAGGAAGACCUCGACAAGAUGCUAGAGAAAGCCAAGGCCGCCAACGAGCGCCGCUACUUCGGUAAACAGUGUGGUGGUUUGCUGGAGGUGGACCAGAGGACAUUGAACUGUUCUAAUUUGUUCCAGGCUAGAAUUGUAGUGAGGAAAAUUGAAUCAACUCUUAUUUUGACCUCUUUGGAUGUGAAGUUUCAUUAG